UCCAAAGUCCUGCGAGCAUUUGUGAGGCUGAGAUUCGAGAGUCAAUGAACAACUUUUAGUAUGAGAGGAAACCAUCUAAUUUCAAAGCAGGGAUUGUCUGCACGUAGAACAGACACAGCCAUGCCGCGGAGGGCGGGGAAGGGCUCUCCUUACACGGAGGCCCUGGAUGGAGGCUGGGGAUGGAUGGUCGUGCUUCACUUCUUCCUGGUAAACGUGUUUGUGUUGGGAAUGAUAAAGACUUUUGCGGUUUUCUUUGUGGUUUUUCAAGAAGAGUUUGAAAGCACCUCGGAGCAAACUGGGUGGAUCGGCUCCAUCAUGGCAUCGGUCUCUUUUUCUGGAGGUCCCGUGGCUUCCAUUAUUGGUCAGAGAUAUGGAGAGAAAACCACCUCCCUUCUUGGGGCUUUUCUUGUUUCCGGUGCGUAUCUGAUCAGCAGCCGGGCUACAAGCAUCCCCUUCCUUUUGGUGACUAUGGGACUUUUACCUGGUUUGGGUUCCGCUUUCUUGUACCAAUCAGCUCUGCUGAUAACUAGCAAAUACUUCAAAAAACGAUUAGCGCUUUCCACAGCCAUUGCCCGUUCAGGGACGGGGCUGACAUUUCUCUUGGCACCUUUUGCAAAAAUCUUGAUAGAGUUAUACGACUGGACAGGUGCCCUUGUAUUAUUUGGAGCGAUCAUUCUGAACUUGGUGCCUUCUAGUAUGCUCUUGAGACCCAUCCAGGUCACAAACGAGAACAAUUCUGAUGUGAAAGAUAAAGGGAGCAGUUCGUCUGCAAGUGGCCUGAAGGCAGCGUGCGGGCCGGACCCAUCCCACUGCAGGGCCACGCAAGUGUCUCUGGUCAGGGACGGUGCUGUGCAGAAGGCUGGAGCAGCCCGUACAAAUGCAAUAGACUCCCAAGAUCAAAAGGAAGAGGUCAGCCACGGGCCAAACAGGAACAGGCUGUUCCUAGUAAUGAACGAAGGGAGUUUCGAGCGAAAGGGUAUCUCGUGGAGCUGUAAACAACUCUGUGAUGUUUCUCUUUUGAAGAAUCCUUUCUUCUGCAUAUUCACGUGGUCUCUUCUCUUCAGUCAGUUGGCAUAUAUGGUCUCCGCCUUCCACCUGGUGGCCAGAGCCAGAACGCUGGGGAUUGAUCUCACGGACGCCUCCUACCUCGUUUCUGUUGCAGGUAUCACUGAGGUAGUCAGUCAGAUUUUCUCUGGAUGGGUUGCUGAUCAGAACUGGACCAGAAGGUACCAUUACCACAAGUUCUACCUGCUCCUCUGUGGCAUCACCAACCUGCUUGCUCCUUUGGCCACCACGUUCCCACUACUCAUGACCUACGUCAUCGUCUUUGCCGUUUUCUCCGGUGGUUACAUGGCACUGAUAUUACCCGUACUGGUUGACCUGUCCGGGAACUUGAUGGGUUACAAGAUGUUGGGACUUUCCAGCUUCUUUGCUGGGAUGGGUAUCCUUUCUGGACCGCCUAUAGCAGGCUGGUUGUCUGAUUACACACAGACCUACGCCAGCUCUUUCUAUUUCUCUGGCACGUGCUACUUCCUCUCCUCGGUCUCCCUUUUCUUUGUACCCCUGGCUGAGAGAUGGAAAGGCAGAGCCUAGGCAGAAGGAGAGGACUGCAAUCAAGUGCAAGCCUGGCCGGAGAAAAGCCAAACUAGCAAGCCACCGGAAACAAAAGAAAACCUAUGUAGGAAUAA